AACAACAAAAAUGGUUUCCCUCUCUAAUCAAACCAGAUUUUCUUUCUACCCAAACAACCUUUUCGUUUCCGAGAAGAGGCUCCUGGGAAUUUCCGGAAUCAAUUUUCCCAGGAAAAUCAGUGUGAGAAUCACUUGCUUCGCCGCCGACCAACCACGCCAAAAGAAGCAGAAAAAGAAGAGCCAGAGCACCAGCGACGCCGAGGCUGGAGUCGACCCAGUUGGGUUUCUCACAAAACUCGGAAUUGCUGAUAGAAUCUUCGCUCAAUUUCUCCGAGAAAGGCAUAAAGCUUUGAAAGACCUUAAAGAUGAAAUUCUCAAACGUCACUUCGAUCUCAAAGAUUUUGCUUCAGGGUUUGAGUUACUGGGGAUGCAUCGGCAUAUGGAACACCGGGUUGAUUUUAUGGACUGGGGUCCAGGUGCUCGCUAUGGUGCUAUAAUCGGAGAUUUCAACGGAUGGUCCCCAACAGAAAAUUCCGCCAGAGAGGGACUAUUUGGCCAUGAUGAUUAUGGGUAUUGGUUCAUUAUUCUUGAAGAUAAGUUAAGGGAAGGUGAAGAGCCAGACGAGCUGUACUUUCAGCAGUAUAACUACGUCGAUGACUAUGAUAAAGGUGACAGUGGUGUAUCAGCCGAAGAACUCUUCCAGAAAGCUAAUGAUGAGUAUUGGGAACCUGGUGAGGACCGGUUCAUUAAAAACCGGUAUGAAGUUCCUGCCAAACUAUACGAGCAGCUGUUUGGUCCGAACGGUCCACAGACAUUGGAAGAGCUAGGAGAUAUCCCAGAUGCAGAAACGAGAUAUAAACAGUACAAAGAGGAGCAUAAAAAUGAUCCACCAAGUAAUCUACCUCCAUGCGACAUCAUUGAUAAAGGUCAAGGAAAACCAUAUGAUAUUUUCAAUGUCGUGACAUCUCCAGAAUGGACAAAAAAGUUUUAUGAGAAAGAACCUCCAAUUCCUUACUGGUUGGAGACACGUAAAGGAAGAAAGGCAUGGUUGGAAAAAUACAUUCCAGCUGUUCCACAUGGAAGCAAGUAUAGAUUGUAUUUCAAUACUCCUGAUGGACCGCUUGAACGGGUGCCUGCUUGGGCUACAUAUGUGCAACCAGAGGACGAGGGAAAGCAAGCUUAUGCAAUUCACUGGGAACCGUCUCCUGAAUCUGCAUACAAGUGGAAAUACUCUAAGCCAGACAAACCAAAGUCCUUGCGCAUAUACGAAUGUCAUGUGGGAAUCAGUGGGUCUGAGCCAAAAAUUUCAUCUUUCGAAGAAUUUACCAAGAAGGUCCUUCCUCAUGUGAAAAGAGCAGGAUACAAUGCAAUCCAGUUGAUUGGUAUCCCUGAGCACAAGGAUUAUUUCACUGUUGGUUAUAGGGUUACUAAUUUCUUUGCUGUCAGUAGCCGAUAUGGAACGCCAGAUGACUUCAAACGCUUGAUUGAUGAAGCACAUGGCCUAGGACUUCUUGUCUUCUUGGACAUCGUGCAUUCUUAUGCAGCAGCUGAUCAAAUGGUUGGGCUUUCGCUCUUUGAUGGUUCAAAUGAUUGCUAUUUUCAUUACGGUAAAAGGGGGCAUCACAAACACUGGGGCACCCGGAUGUUCAAAUACGGUGAUCUGGACGUUCUUCAUUUUCUCAUUUCAAAUUUGAACUGGUGGAUUACAGAGUAUCAAGUAGAUGGUUACCAAUUUCACUCGCUUGCCUCGAUGAUCUACACGCACAAUGGUUUUGCUUCUUUUAAUAGCGGUUUGGAUGACUAUUGCAAUCAGUAUGUUGACCGAGAUGCUCUGAUGUACCUCAUUUUGGCCAAUGAAAUCCUGCACGUUCAACAUCCAAAUAUAAUAACAAUUGCUGAGGAUGCAACGUAUUACCCUGGGCUGUGUGAUUCAGUUUCUCAAGGUGGACUCGGAUUUGAUUAUUAUGUGAACCUUUCUGCGACAGACAUGUGGGUUUCUCUCCUUGACAGCGUACCGGAUAAUGAGUGGAGCAUGAGCAAGAUUGUCAGCACAUUGGUGGCUAACAAAGAGUAUGCAGACAAAAUGCUUACCUAUGCCGAAAGUCACAACCAAUCCAUAUCAGGAGGGCGUUCAUUUGCAGAAAUCCUAUUUGGUGGAGUCGAAAAUGGUUCUCCUGGAGGAAGAGAGUUGUUAGAUAGGGGAGUUUCACUACAUAAGAUGAUUAGACUGAUUACUUUUACAAUUGGUGGCCGUGCUUACCUCAACUUCAUGGGAAAUGAAUUUGGACAUCCUGAGAGGGUUGAGUUUCCUACGCAGAGCAAUAACUUCUCGUUUUCACUUGCCAACCGCCGCUGGGACCUGCUGGAAAGUGGAAUCCAUCAUCAGUUGUUUUCCUUUGACAAGGAGCUAAUGGACUUGGAUAAAAGCAAGGGUAUCCUUUCAAGAGGUUUACCCAGCAUCCACCAUGUGAAUGAUGCGAAUAUGGUGAUUUCAUUCUCGAGGGGUCCUUUCCUAUUUGUCUUUAACUUCCACCCAUCAAGUUCAUAUGAAAAGUAUAAUGUCGGCGUAGAGGAAGCUGGUGAAUAUACUAUGAUACUUAACUCCGAUGAAGUUAAAUUUGGGGGUCAAGGGCUUCUAACGGAGAACCAAUAUCUUCAACGGUCAAUUAGCAAGAGAAUGGAUGGUCAAAGAAAUGCCUUAGAGGUGUUUUUGCCAAGCAGGACUGCGCAAGUUUACAAGUUGACCCGGAUUCUCAGAAUAUGAUCCUCUUAUGUAUACCGCAUACAAACACCAAACAUGUUUGUAUCAAUCAUUUGAUAGUUGGUAUAUAGAUCAAUUAAUGUAUUUCUAAACAAAACCAUUGCUUUCGGCAAGACAAGAAGCAAUCCAGCUGCUUAAUUA